CCUUGGAGAAUUGGCGUCUUCUAGGAAGUAUGUGGUGUAUGUAUUUUUGGUGAGAGGAAUAUAUAAAAAGAGCAUAUCGCAGCAGUAGAGGACAUCAUAAUGCGUCUAGUGUGUUUCUAAAAAUAAUCGUUCGAACUCACGAGCUAUUGUGCAGUCGUAAUGGUGCAGUGUUACAGAGAAUGCAAAGAGGGUAUGAUAUUUUUUGUUCUUAAGACGUUAAGUUGUUCUUAACACACAUUUGAUAUAUCAAGACAAUGAAAACAAAGUUUAAACAAGUGUUGCCAGUGCGGAAAGGAUCAGUUCUUUUAACUGAACGACCAUUUGUUUAUAUACUGAAAUCUAAACUGAGAGGAGACCGGUGUGACAAUUGCUUCAGAAGAAAAAGACUGUUAAAGUGUUCAGGGUGUCAGUAUGUUUACUACUGUAAUCGAGAUUGUCAGAAGGAAUCCUGGGCUGACCAUAAGCAGGAAUGCAGCAACUUACGAAGAGUAUCACCGAGGAUUGUUCCAGAUGCUGCCCGGCUUUUGGCUAGGAUUAUAUUCAAGUUACAGAGAGGAGGUGACUUAGAGAAAGGUUAUUAUUCAGAAACAGGCUUCAGAAAAUUCAAAGAUCUCAUGUCACAUUACUCAGAUUUGAAGCAGGAUCAAAAAAGGAUGGAGCAUUUCACUUCCUUGUAUGGAGUUUUAAUUGAUUUUAUUGGGGAGAGUAAUUUGCCAAACUCAGCAGAACUGAUGGGAAUUUAUGGUAGGAUGUGUGUGAAUGGUUUUAACAUCCUGGAUCCUGAAAUGAUGAGUAUCGGUACUGGAAUCUAUCUGGGUUGCUCUGUGAUAGACCAUUCUUGUGAUCCCAAUGCGGUUGCUGUGUUUGAGGGGAUUAUCAUUCAUAUUCGUGCUGUGAAAGAUAUGCCUGUAUUGGAUUGGGAAAAGAUUUUCAUAAGUUACAUUGAUUUACUGAAUUUUCCUCAAGAUCGACAGGCAGAACUUCAGGCCAUGUAUUAUUUUCUGUGUGACUGUAAUCUGUGCACCAGCAUCCAAUCACCGAAUAUGAUUUUGUGUCCAAAUCAGGACUGUGGCCAAGGGAUUUCAGUGAAACAACAGGAUCAUGAACAGUUACCACAGCCGUGCCCUUCCUGUGGAGUGUACAUAAAAGCAGACACAUAUAAGAAGUAUCUUGAAGUCGAGGAGUUCACAAGGCAUCACUUACAAGUCAUGAAAGACAUAGCGUAUCUUGAUGUGUGCAAAGUUUGUUUGAAGAAGCAGCAGGGUUUGUUUCAUAAUUUAGACCUUCUGCAUGUGAAAGUUUUAGACCUGGCAUUUGAGAGUAGCAUUGAGAUGGGACAGUGGGAGAAGGCAGCUGAAUUUGGCCAGGAACUUGUUCCAGGAUAUCAAAAAUACUACAAAGAAUGUCACCCACUGCUUGGAAUUCAUUACUUGAAACUUGGAAAGAUUAACUUGUAUUUGAAAAAGUUCGGUGAAGCAUUAGAUAUGUUAAAGAGUGCAGAGCAAGUGAUAAGAGUGACACAUGGGGAUCGGCAUACAUUGUACCGAGAUCAACUCAUGCCACUGUUAAAUGAAGCUCAAGGUGAACUGGGCAAAACAUGAAGGUAAACUUAUGGAAGAAGUUUAUGUUGAAUAUUAGUACAUGGCAUUGCUAAUAAGUCACCAGAAUUGCAAAAGUGUGUAAUAAUACACACAUAAUAACCAGUACCAGUUUAUUUUGGUUGUGGAUAAUUUAAGUAAAGGCCACUCAAAAUUUCCUAGUAGAGGAAGUGAGCUCUUAAAACAUAUAUUCAGGUAGGAAUUUAAAUCUGCAUUUACUGGGUGUUACAUUCAUUAACAGUAUGUCUGUAGACUGAUCAGUUUGACAGGCUAGCUCUGAGGAUAGAUCAAGGAGGCUGUAUUUGUAAUUGGUUACUCAAUAAAAUACUGUGACUGA